AUGCCUAAUAUUGCACACAUGUCGUACUUCGAGUGGAACAAUAUUUUGAAAACAUGGCUUUCCACACAAGAAACACGCUGCAAAAUUUGCAAAAAAGCCACACUAUAUUGCAAUUUUUUCGAGGAUACCAUCACGUUCGUCCUGUUAUUAAGCACAAUUUAUCAAAGCCAGAAGUUGAUAUUGAUAAAUACGAUCCAGCUGGAAAAUUCAGUCCUAUGGUAAGAAACUUUAUUAAAGCAAGAGAAUUUGAAAAUGCUGGAGGAAGAAUGGUUGAUGUUGUGUCCCUACAAACUGGUGAAAAUAAGGGUUCUGUUGUUGUAAAUGACUUUGUGUUUGGUUGUAAUCCAAGACUGGAUAUCCUGCAAAGAAAUGUUGUUUGGUACAGAGCGAGUAUACGUUCGGGUACAGCAUGUGUAAAACGACGAGGUGAAGUCCGAGGAGGUGGCAGAAAGCCGUGGCCACAAAAAGGAACUGGAAGAGCAAGACAAGGAAGUAUAAGAGCUCCCCAUUGGCGUAAAGGUGGCUCAGCGAAAGGUCCGAAGCCACGUGACUGGUCAUAUAAUUUACCAUAUAAAGUUAGAAGGCUGGGUUUGAGAACAGCUCUCUCUUGCAGACUGACACAGGGAGACUUAACCAUAGUUGAAGAUUUAACAGACUUACCCACUGAUCCCAAGGAUGUAGGGUAUAUUCUACAAAAUAGAGGGCUAGAAAACUGUUUGAUUGUGGAUGGAUUUGAAAACAAACAACUUGAAUUUGUUACACGCGACUUUGAGAAGGUUGAUGCUACACAUUCUCUUUUUCUUCACGUAUAUGGAAUCCUUAUGCGUCAAAAAUUAGUGUUAUCACUACAAGCUUUACAACUUCUAGAAGAAAAACUAUGCGAAGACAAUCGAAUCGUAACUGCGCCAGAGUACGAGCUUUACCAUCAGGACAUGUUACUCGAUAAGUCAGUUUUAUUUCAUGAAUACGAUCCAAAAAGUAAGGAAAUUCGCGGGGCGUUCAUACCAAAACCGCCAAAAAAUACACUCCGGAAGAAGUUAUCAGUCAAAAAGAAACCGCCCAUGAGUCGACGUGAUUUAAAAAGAUGACCUUUAGAUUUUGUAUUUACAUAUUUUAAAAAUAUACAAAUCAAUAUCUUAGUA